AUGGCCGAAGCGCCACGCAAUCUGCAGUUACCUUCAGGUUAUGACGAGGAGUUUGCUGAUGAAGUGGAGGAAGAUUUUCUUUGCUUAAUUUGUCAUUUGCCACUGAGGGAGCCUGUUCUUACCAGAUGCGGUCACAGAUUUUGUAAUGCAUGCCUUGAGGAACGUUUCAGAAGGUAGGCCUAAAUGCCUGAAUUCUAUUGAAAGCUGAGUGUUAAAGUAACUUUCAUUCCAAACCUUUAGUUGACACCUUAACGAAAAACUGAAGCACUGGUGCGCUUUCCAUUGAACACCUCGAUCUGAGUAAGAACAUAUCAGUUGACGGAAAGUCAGCAACCCUUAUUUACUAAUGCAAACAACAGACACCUUAGCAGCUUAAUCGAUUUAUUAGACGAAGGCCUUGUCCCUCAAAUUUAGAUUUCAAAUAGAUUAAAACUUAAACUGAUAAAUCAAAUCUGAUACAUCCCACCCAGCUGAUGAUCACCGUUAAAUUAUGUUACUGACGCACAAGUGACUUAAGGUUGUUUUCUAUUAGCAAACUUUUGAAAUUACAAAAUGUGUCUCGUUUCCGUAAAUUGGAGAAGCCAUUGUUCGAAGUUAUUGAUCUGCUCUGGAAUGCGGACAUUCUGUCUUCCGUGAUCAAUGCCCAGCGAUAAAUAAGCGUUCCAAUUUCGCAAGCUGACCUUCGAGUCCUAGCAAAGCAUAAAAACUUGUCAAUUUUUGAAAUGUCUUGAGUUCUGUGGGUUUUAGGCUCGGCAAAUAAAAUCAGCCACAAGUUAGUAGAAAGAAGUUUUAUGAUGGAAUUAAUUAGUAACUAUCUAUCAAUCGAUGUUCCUAUUAAUUCUUAUUAAAUAUAGUCAAUUAAUCAUAAUUGUUUCCUACACUACAAAAUAACAGACAGGAAGUUCAGCGCCAGCUUUACUCUUGUCCUGCAGAUAGGAAAGAUCUCGACGGAGACCGGGUAAAUCACUUUCAUUUGCUUUUUUAA